AUGGAGGGAGAGAAGCAAAAAAAGGUGCUUGAUCGCGAGACCCGGGACAUGGUUUCAGCGCUCAAUCGCCGACUCCAAAGUCUCCACAAAAUGCAAUUAGGAGGCGAUACGAGCCACAACGAUGACGAUGAGACAGACGAUGACCACGGCGUCCGAGUCAUCACUCUGGCGGGUACCAAUGUGGGGGCAACAAUGCGAAGCGAGUUGGAUGAUAAUGACGGUGAUGUGGACGAUGACUCGGAGAAUGAUCCGUUAGCAACUUUUGUGAACAGCAAUAUUCAGGCUAUAAAUAAUUCUAUUAUGCUUGAUGGGAGUUACAGCACGAAUGAUCCCGGUGUUCAUUUGGAGAUCUGCGAUAAACAGGAAGCGAAAACCGAGCAAGUGAAGCAAAUGAGGGGCAAGAAGAAGGAAGGAGGGGCUAAGAAGAAAGGGAACAAAUCUUCGAAAAGUGAGCAGCAUACAGAUGGUAAUUCUAGUAACUAG